UAUGAAACCAAUGUCAAUUGUCAAUUGAGAACUGUCAUCAAACAGAGGUGUUAUGUCACACCUCUAGUUCGAUUUUUUAUUAUGAAUUAAUUUGAGCAAUAUGGCCACACUUAUUCGGACUACAUUUGUGAAGGUGAUCAGCCCUGCUCAGGGUGGCAAGAUCGCAGGAUGCACGAUCUUACAAAAGCGGAAUAUCAGUGGAAAAUCCUUGAGGGAAACCUUCCCCCCUCGUCCACCUAAACCCGCGCCAUUCGAUUAUGUAAACAAGGACUAUACUUGGUUACGUAGUCUUUUCGACAGAACAACACAUAGAUUCGAUGAGAACACCAAGGUAGUAGUCGUUGAGGGUCCAGUAGCGGCUGGUAAGACACAAUUCGCGGCCGCCCUCGCCGAAGAUCUGGGUAUGAAGCAUUUCCCUGAAGCUAACAUGGACAUCCACUACAUACAACAGGGUGUCAAUCUGCGCACCUUUAACGAUAAAUUACCAGAGGACACUAGAACCUAUGAGCACAUAGAAUUCAACAUGAAUCCUAACCAUCGCUUGGCUGGUAACUAUCAGAUUAUGAUGUACAUGGCUAGAUACAGCCAGUAUAUUGAUGCUUUGGCCCAUUUACUGAACACCGGUCAAGGUGUGGUGUUGGAGAGAUCUCCCUACUCCGACUUCGUAUUUUUGGAGGCCAUGUUCUCACAGAAGUACAUCAGCAAGGGUGUCCGAUCUGUGUACUAUGAACUGAGGAACACAACCAUUGAAGAUUUGCUGCGCCCACAUUUGGUCAUCUAUCUUGAUAUUCCAGUAGAUAAGGUUGUAGAAGCGGUAAAGAAACGCGGCCACAAACAUGAAGUAGAAGGCAAGGCUCUCUCAGUGCCAUUCCUCCAAGAAAUGGAACGUCAGUAUAAGAACAAAUAUUUGCGUGAUAUAUCCACACAUGCUGAACUACUGGUCUACGAUUGGACUGGCGGCGGUGAGGUUGAAGUGGUCGUUGAGGACAUAGAGCGUAUAGACUUCGACCAGUACACCCAUCGGGACGAGCCCAAGAUGAAGGACUGGCGGUUGCCGCGCGAGGUCGAAUGGUCCGACCAGAGGAUGAUCUUCACGAACAGCAAAUACAUACUAAUGAACCAGUUCAACAUACCGAGGACUGAUGUGCCCGAGUUGAUCACCAGCGCUGAUGAUAUGCAUGUGUACAAUCAGGUUGUAUAUACUCAUCCUCAACUGGAAUACGCGCAAGGGUACAACAAAGAAGCUGGCGACACCGGCCUCGCUUUCAAGAACAAAACCCCGAAAUAUACGGAGUACUUUUAGACGGGGAAUAGAUUGUAUAAUAUGAAUAUUUAAUAAAAUAGUAAUUGUU